AUGGAACAAAACGAACAUCCUGACGUGUUAAUUGAUUCUUUACCAUAUAUUGAUCAAGAAAUUGAUUAUGAAGUUGACAAGCUUGUUGAACAAGAAAUGAGAAAACGACCUUCUCAAUCAAAACGAGAUUAUGCUUCACAUUUUCCUUCUAAUUUCGAAUUAUUUAAGGAAUCAUCUAUACUUGCAACAGAAUAUCAACGAGUUCAACAAGGAAAACCAAUUGCAGAAAUGGAUACUAGUAGAUAUAAAUUGAUCGUACCUGAAGAUAAAGACGAUGAAGAAGCAUUUUUUAAUCUAGAAUUACUUCAAAAUUUUGGAGCAAACGCAUGGAAACUUCACAAUUAUCAAUUAGAACAUGAGUUACAACAGUUUCAAAGGACUUUAGAAGGCUAUCGCCAGAAUAUAUUAGAGUUGAAUAAACAAAGAAAAGCCGAACAGAUUCAAGCAGGAAGUCAAAUCGAGGCAUUGGAAAAUAAAUGGACAGAAUUAAUUGGUCAAACGCUUCAAUUAGAAGUAGCUUGUGCCUCAUUAGAAAAUGAAAUACAACAAUUAAAACAGUAUGAACAGCAACUAAUCGCAAAAUCAGGAUCAACAGAUAAUGAUGAUUCA